CUCUCUGAAGCAAGCUCGGAGGAUUUUGUGGUGCCCAGAGAGCGACGGAGGAAUAGCCGAAAGCUUAGGUUCGUUUCCGUACGGCCGUUCUCGAGUGGUGCGUUGGCUGCUGUUGCACCACUACCACCAGCAGCGGCAGCUUUGCAGCGGCGGACGAUUCGCUCGUCCAGGGAUGGCGCCCACUGUGGCGUCCUUGCAGUCUCGCACGGGUGCCCUGGCGCUUCAUUACGCAGCUGCCAAAGGAUGCCUCGACUGUGUCGUGCUUCUUACGCAGUCAUGUCCAGAGCUUGGGGCCAACACUCCCAUGGAAAACCACGUGACACCAGUGUAUCUGGCCGCCCAGGAGGGCCAUGUGGAAGUGCUGCAGUACUUAGUGACCGCCGCCAACGGAAACCUCAACACUCGGGCCAGAGACGGCAUGGCACCUCUCCAUGCUGCGGCUCAAAUGGGAGCCCUGGACUGCGUCAAGUGGAUGGUUGAGGAGCAAGGUGUCGACCCCAACGUCCGAGACAACGACGGCGCAACACCGGCACACUUCGCGGCCAGCCGGGGCCACUCCGAGACGCUCCGCUGGCUGCUCGCCCACGGAGCCGCUCUCUUGCCCGACAAGUACGGAAAGUCUCCGUUCCACGACGCCGCCGAGAACGAACAGCUGGAGUGUCUAGCCGUUCUGAUUGGUCACGUCUCCAACACGGAGCAGCACGGGGACCCCGGGAAUCCUUGUAGUAGUGCACACAAGCGACAUCAUAAACAGGUGACCCAGACUUGUUCGUGUCCUGGGCCCCCGCGGCCUUCGGGGCGCCCUCCGCGGUCUUCGCGACCACCUCAACAACUGUCCCAGCCUCCACCUCAACCCACAGCACACGGUCACUGCAGCGGAGGUUCCAGCACCGCGACCAGAGCCAACGAGGUCACGGAGCCUUUUUUCCUGCACGAACCCCACAUGACAGUGAGCGACCGCGUGAGGAAACUAUUCGAAAGCGCUACCGGUAACACUGCCACCUCGUCGCACUUGCACGUCGUAACUGCAGAAGUGCACGACAGCGCCGACAGCAUCGCGAGCAGCAGCAGGACAGAAACGAGCCAGCAAUCCGCCGGCGGCUCUGACUGCAGCACGAGCACGGACGAAGGCAUCUGCCAGGACGACAUCGUCCUCGAGGAAGACGACAAAAGAGAGCAAGACUCUCCCCCGCCAAAGUCUCCGAGCGAACAGACACCAGAGUACGAAGUCGAAGAAGGCAUGGAUCCCGCUGGACGGACUACCAUCUUCCACAGCUCCCAAAUCGGGAGCAAGUCUCCGGCGCUCCUCUGCACGCCUUCACCGCAGUCUACCUUGAAAGGCAGGCAGCAGACCACGCUGAAGGCGACUCCUAAGCCACCUCCUGCCAAGGCGGAUCCCGUGAAAGAAGCGCCGUUUCCUUCGCAGGCCAUCCUACGCCCCACGCCAGGGUCAGCAAUACUCAGAGAUCCACACCUGUCCACAUUGAAGAAUAAGUCUUCCUCGAUGGCGGACUUGCAUCAGAACGGUGCAAUCAAAGAACCGGCGACGAAGUUCUCGGCGGCGCCACAAAAGCCCGUGGAAAAUGGGCUGAAGAAAGCGUUUUCCACCAUGUCAUUAGUUGCGCCGACGAAACCGUUACCGCCUAUCCCUUUCGAACUGCCAGCAAACGACGCGUGUAGCAGCAGCGGCGACUCUGACUACGAGACUAUCUGCACGACGUCAACGUACAAGGAGGAGACGUCCUUCAAAGUAAACGGAUCGCAACCAGAGCCGGUCACCAAGGACUCUGGAGAACUUCCGCCUCCGUCGCAGCCUACAGCUUGCAAAGGGGACGCUCCCGUACCACCGCCUCCGCCUCCACCGCCUCCCGCGCCGCCUGGGCUGAAACUGAACGGUGACACGUUGAAGAGGGCGACGAGGGAUAACAGCGAUUGCCGUUCAGACACGUCUUCCAGCGCGGGGCUAGACGACACGGCAUCGGUCCACAGCGAAGAGCGUACCCUACCGCGUCUCUUUGAAAGACCUUUGUCGUUCAUACCGCCGCAGUUCACGCAACCUCCGGACACUGACACGAACAUCAAGCCUUCGGAAUACCUCAAGACCAUGACUAGUAGACCAAAGACACUAGUGCCGCCGAAGGAGGUUCGAACGGAACCGCCCGCGAGGAAGCUAGGGCGUGUCAUCGACACCCCAACGGUGACACCCGAACCUCCGUCACCAGUUGUUAAUGGCAAAGUCUUGGACGCAACGCCGCUGCCGCCGGGUUCGGAACAGCAGAACGGGUCCACCGGACAUUGUGAAAGUGAGACGAGUUUGAACCCUAGUCCUGCGAGUUCUGUCAAGUCCUUUCCAUCUACGCCUUCAACGCCCCAGUCGGGUGGGGGAUUUCCGAUAACGAAGGAGCAGCUACAGAACGUCCUACUUAAGAAGACGGACAAGCCUAGCACUACCGAGAGAUGUGUACUACUGGAGAAGAACAGCCUGUUAUGUGAACAAAAGAGUACCAUCAUCCAGGAACUGAAGCAAUCCAUGGACGGCCAGGGGAUCCACGGUGUGCGAAAGAUGAAGGAAGAGAGGAUUCGAAUGGAGGAAGAAAAAGAGAAAAAGAAGGCUGAAGAGCUGAUGCAUCAGCUCACAGCCAAGAAUUUCGUGGAUCUUGUUCCGGAGAAGGACGCUAACGGGUGCGUCAUCCCGAACUGGAAGCGACAGAUGAUGGCAAAGAAAGCUGCCGAGAAAGCACGCAAAGAAGCGGAAGAAGCACUACAGCGAGAAGCGGAAGAAAAGAAGCUCGCAGCUGUUCCAUUGUGGAAAAGACAGCUCCUCAUGAAGAACGGAGAAACGUUACCAGCAUCGACAAAUAAGUCAACUCCUAAGCCAUUAACGUCAACCCUCAGCGCCCCUCCACAGCUCCACGCGGACACGUCUACAACUCAGCAGUCGCCACAGGAACAGACGACGAUAACAGACGCCAAGACACUCGUCAUUGCUGAAGAAGACAAACCACCCAAUCCAUUCCUACAGCAAGGGUUGCGUAAAGUGAAUGUGCGACUGCAUUGAGUGACGUGGCACUUGCUGUGAAUGAAAGCGUUGAAGCCGUGGUGAAUGCUGAACAUGCAAGCAGUCCAGGCGGUGGACUCAAAGCUGCCACAUUGAUUCUCUCACGUGAAUUAUACUCAACGGUGUGCACCGGUCGUGUGUGAAAAAAAGACACAUUCUCUGGCGAGACUCGAAGGUGGCGCUGAUGUGUGUGUAAAGAAACGUUUGAUUGACGGUGCGGUGCGAUAUGGUGGCCGUAUCAGCUUGUGUCACUAUAUGAAGCCCUUCACGCUUCUAAUGCGAGGAAAGAAAUGAAUGAGAAACGUGUGCAUACGAGGUUUGUUUUUACCAAGUUUGACUGAGCAAUGUGUGAAUGGUGAUUUCUAUUUUCGAAUCAAGCGCAAUUAUUAGUAUACAGAGAACUGGCGUCGUUACUACAUUGGUAACGUGAACAGGACACGUUCAGUCAAACGGAGCAAAAUGUCGAGAUUGUCGCGAACAACCCUGACAUUUGAACCAAUAUUUAACUUUUUUAUUUCUUUCGUAUUUUACUUUUUAAGUUAAGGAUAUUCAUCGACGAAAUUGCAGUUUAGUAUUUUCUUAAGAUGAAACAGAGAUGAAUGCACGGAUUUUUAUUGUUGGUGAGUUCCUUUUUCAUUCAUGUAUUUUAGUGAUGUUCGAAUGAAAUAAACUGCGCUCAUGAAUGGCAAAGGUA